ACCAGAGGGGCUAGGAACAGAAGUACCUUGACUUGUUAUCAGACUUUAUACAACAAAUUCUAAUUCAAAUGGCUUUAGUGGAAGGACUUCUCUUACAGGCUACCAGCACAGGCAUAUUACUUGGUCUUGUCAUCUUGCUUGCGGUUUUUUAUUUUCUCUUCUCCAGCUCGAGCUUUAAAGAAGCAGCUAAUGAACCUCCAGGACCCAAACCACUGCCUCUCUUGGGUAAUCUGCUCCAGCUGGAUCUGGACAGACCCCAUGAGUCUCUCUGUGAGCUUGCCAAGACGUAUGGAUCCGUGUUCAAAGUGUAUUUUGGUCCCAAGAAGGUCGUUGUAUUAGCAGGAUACAAAACAGUCAAACAAGCACUUGUAAACUAUGCUGAAGAGUUUGGAGAAAGAGAAAUUGCACGGACAUUCAAGAAUUUCAGUCAGGAGCACGGCAUCCUGUUUUCUAAUGGGGAAAACUGGAAAGAAAUGAGACGCUUUGCCCUCACCAACCUUCGAGACUUCGGAAUGGGCAAGAGAGGGAGUGAGGAGAAAAUUAUCGAAGAAAUUCAUUACCUUAAAGAAGUGUUUGAGAGCUUUGGAGGGGAACCUUUUAAUACAACUCAGCCAGUGAAUUACGCCGUCUCCAACAUCAUCUCAUCCAUUGUGUAUGGAAGCAGAUUUGAAUACAGCGACCAUCAUUUUAAACAGAUGGUUGAAAGAGCAAAUGAAAACGUCAGGAUUGGAGGAUCAGCUCCUAUUCGGCUCUACAAUGUGUUUCCCUGGAUAGGCCCAUUCUUGAGGAGCAAAAGAACACUUGAAACAAACGCUGAAAAGAACAAGAAGCAGAUUAAUGAGCUAGUGAGUGCUCUGAAGGAGACGCUAAAUCCAGAUGACUGUAGAGGAUAUGUUGACUGCUUCCUCCUCCGCAAACAGAGGGAUGAGCAAUCAGGACAGAAGAACUCUCGAUUCAAUGAGAAGAAUCUCUUUACCACUGUUGUAAAUCUCUUUGUGGCUGGUACUGACACCACUGGCACGACACUGCGCUGGGGGCUGCUGCUUAUGGCCAAGUACCCUCACAUACAGAAUCGUGUACAUGAAGAGAUUGACAGGGUGAUUGGAGGUCGCCAGGCAGUGGUGGAGGACAGGAAAAACUUGCCUUACACAGACGCAGUGAUUCAUGAAAUCCAGAGACUGGCCAACAUAGUGCCCAUGAGUCUCCCUCACACAACCAGCUGUGAUGUCCAAUUCAAUGGCUUCUUCAUUAAAAAGGGCACAACAGUGUAUCCUCUCUUGACAUCUGUAUUGAGGGAUGAGAACGAGUGGGAGAGCCCCCACGCCUUCAACCCAGCACACUUCCUUGAUGAGAAAGGCAGAUUUGUUAAGAAAGAUGCCUUCUUGCCCUUCUCUGCAGGGCGCAGGGUGUGUCUGGGAGAGAGUCUGGCCAGGAUGGAGCUCUUCCUCUUCUUCACCUCCCUCCUGCAACACUUCUGCUUCUCUCCUCCACCAGGCGUGUCUGAGGAUCAGCUGGACCUCAUGGGUGUGGUUGGGAUCACACUGAAUCCCUCUCCUCACAAGCUGUGUGCAGUGAAACGGUCCUAAUUUCUGCAUUUUGCAGAUCUUAGGAGACUUGGGCUGUUUUGCUUUUGUAGUAGUUUUGUUGCUUGGGUCCAUUCUGCUGCAGCUUUGUGGUCUAAAAUAUAAAAUAUUUCAUUAUCCUUGUGUUCUGUGAUGCUGAAGAUGAAUGACUGACUGCUGACUGCCGCUAACACUUUGCUAAAGC